AUGGACCCAGGGGCUCAUCAUAAUCCAUCACAGAGCACCCUGACACCAGUUUCGUCUUCCCGUAGACGUUCGCGAGAAAAUGAGACGCCCCAACAAAGGCAAAAACGAGAGAAGGCUGCAGAGCGGCAGCGCAGAAAACGCGAGCGCGAUCGUACUGUCAAUAACAUCAAUGCAAUAAUGGCUUUCACACAACCUACGGAUGCCCAAGCCCUUCCCCAGCCACAGCCAUCUCAACCACCUACUCCGACUUUUACCGGUCAAGAAAUGUCGCCCGAGGAGCUUUCUAGGCGCGAAAGAGUCAGGGCUGCCGCUCGGGAACGGCAGCGCAAACACCGGAGUCUAGUUAAGCAGCGGAAGAUGCGGGAAUUGGGAUUGGAUAUGCCCAAUGACAUGAUUCAGGGGAUGGAGGAGUACAGAGUAAACGGAGACGGCCAGUAUCAGCUUGCCCAUGAGAUGCCGCACCAACCGCAUGGAAUGAACCCGCAAGACGGAGCCUUCCCUCAAGCCCCACCGCCACAACUUACUGGGGGACAAAAUUUUGCUUCGACGCUACUCCUCUCUUUCUCCUGCGCCCCCCUUCUCAAACAACAUUUGCUCAGGACUUUAGCAAUCACGAGCGAAGAACUCGCUUCUUUGGAACCAAUCAUAGCCGAAGCCUUUGAUCAAUGGGAUCAUCAACGUCGCAUGCACUAUGCCCAACAAGCUGCAGUCAAAGCUGCAGACGGCUCUAUUCCUGGACCAUCGGGUGGUCCGUUUCCAAACGUUGACAUGGCCGACCCUUCUGGCAACGGGUUCGGGGAACCUCCUCAGCCACACCCCAGCGAGUUUCGUGCUCGAUUCCAUCGCCCCUUAGUGGCACCAUCCCCUUUCCGCACUUUUAAUCCCGAUACCUCUACAACUGCUACGACUUCGACGCCGACUUCAACUACGACGUCUGGGCCUUCAGACCCAAUAGAUCCACAUCUCAACGCCGUGGUGACGCCUGCUGACACCAGACAAAAGAGUGUGUCAGCUUUGGAUCCAGACUUUGGACAAGCCAAAGGCGAGGCCGAGGGGGGUAGCGGGGAGGUUGGAGAGGUUGGAGAGGUCGUGACUUCUUUUAUAUUAGGAGCUUCUGGUUGUGAUUACAUGCACAUCACGUAG